UUGUAGCUUCUGCAAUAUAGAUAGAAAUAGAAAUAGUUUUUUUACUUUUAAAUCAAACCCGUCCCACAAGUUUAAAUGACACGAUUUUCUAAUGUUAUUUUUUGUUUCUCUCUUUGUGCGUGUGUUUUCGAUUCCAUCCUUCUUCUUCUUCUUCUUCGUCGGCUUCUUCCAACGCGAUCGAAAUCAACGCCACACUCGGGGGUACAAUGCGCAGGAAUCGAUGAAGUAUCGCAUCUGCAUCGAGUUAACACAUGCACCACAUACAUAAGCACCAGAAGGAAACCGCCCCACAAUGUGCAGGUCCAGUCGACCGAGACGUCGCUGUUGCGGUGAUACCAGCAGAGCUACGACUAGAGCGGACCGUACACCGGCGGUGCGGCCGGUGGCAAGCGGACCCAGUUCCAGUGUCGGCCAGCAAACGGGGGCGGCGGCGUGCGGGGAUGCGCCAGCGACGGUGCCGGGCGGCGGAAGCGACCGUGUGCGCCGAACGGGUGCGACCACCACCAGCAGGAGCGCAUCGAGCUGAUCAUUCUGGAGACGAACGAGGAGACGACGGUGGCAGCUUCGGACGAGGUGCGGACGACGGCACUGCAGCAGCAGGUAUCAGCGGACGAAGAUGGUGGUGGUGGUGAUGAGGCAACCGUUGCACCCAGUAGCAAUGGCGUUGGCGAGUAAGAUUAGGACGGCGCUAAAUAGGAGAAGAAAGGGGGGAGAAAACAACCAUUUUAGCAUUUGCGCUACCAUUUUUCCCGCGAAAAAAAAAACAAGAAUAAAAUAAAAGAAAAACAUUUGGGUCAGGGGUUUGGGGCUAUAUAGCUGUAGGGGGAGCUGAAGGGAGCAGAAAUUAAUUUAAAUAUAUUCACCUUCACACGCUGCGUUGUGCUGCGUUGGCUGCUGCGACGACGACGACGACGAGUUUUUGACGCUCCAAAUUCCUGCUCCUCCAAAUCCAAUUAAUCCGUCCGCAUCCAGUCGCAUCCAACCAUGAAUCAUUGGCGCCGUACUACCCAUCCUUCCAAACCACACAGACACUACUAGAUUGGUUGGUGGAAAGCCCUGUCGCCCCGGUUAAAAAGGACAAGCCCCAAUCAAUCAAUGGCCCACGACGUGUGAGCGCGCGUGUGUUAUUUCCUUAUCCUUCGGCCGGCACACCGACACCCGAAGUAAGAACGGAAUUUAAAA